AUGAUAGGGAGGAAGAACACAGUGGCAUUAAAAACGGUCAAACGAGUCCGUAAAUUGCUAUGGAGCCCGAUAACUGAGCCUGAUGCUAAAUCACUAUGGUUACUAAGUGACCGCGGUAUGGAUUAUGACCGUGAUUUAAUACGGGAGAUGUACGUAAAGAUACUAACAACAAAAUCAAUUAAGAAACAUCAAGCAUCAGAUAAAACAUUAGACCAGGACAUAAUCCAGGACAUAAUUAUUCUACCAUCAAUUUUAGACCCAAAGUUAUACCAAAGAUUAGUUGUCUGCUUGAAAGGAUUACGUUUAACAGACUUAAAGAUAGAAUUAAUUCUCGAUCAAUAUAAUAAACUAUACAUGAAUACUAAAUUUGGACAACUGUCUACAAUUUCAUCUCCUACUAUACCACAAUAUGAUGAACUAAGGCUAAUAUAUGAAGCACUGCCAGACUUUUCAGUUACUAAUUUCUAUCAGCAAAAGGUAUACAAUCAGCAACAUGUUAAACACAAAGUUGAUAAAUACAAACUCGAAUGCCAGAAUAUCACCGAUGAAAAUGUUUACAAAACAAUCACCGACUGGCUGGAUUAUAGAUUAAUGGAUAUUGAAACCAAAUAUCCAUACUUACGAUUCAAUCUUAAUAUUAUAUUAAAGAGGUACGAAGUCGAAAGUACUUUAGCUAGAAUUUGUACACGAUUAUUAGAAUUAUAUCAUUGUAUACUUACAUUCGACGAGUGUUACCAUGACAAUAUUGUGCCUUUAUUACACACCAUACGAUCUAUUGGAAAUGUAUUAAAUGAGGGAACCUAUUUGGGUAAUGCCAAAGGUUUUAAUCUUAGUUCUUUGAAAUUAUUUCUAAGUCAUAAAUCCGUGGAUAAGGAACAUAAUCUUACAACAGAAUUACGAAAAAUCGUGAAUAGAUCAGGGAUUAAUUAUGAGCCCUUGUUUCGGUUUUAUACAAGGAUCCGUAAUUUUGAUAAUAUGGAUGAAAUUUAUAAUGACUAUCGGGAAUUGAAUAGUACCAUCAAUACAACUACGCCUUUGAUAAUUACAAAACAGAGAGCUCAGGGAACGACAGCUAUUAUUGAGGAAACUUCAAUGGACAAUGUUGAUCAAACGAUUAUUGAAAUCUAUCGACAUUAUCUCAAAUUUCAACAUGUAGUACAUCCAUCUCACUUCCGUUACUUCCCCCCUUCCCCUUCUACCACAUUGUUACGUACCCCCCCCCCCCUUAAUCACUGGUUGUUGUUGACAAGAGUGGCUAUAGAGGACAAGAUGAAAUAUGUCCAAAAAAGCCUAAGAGGUAUUGAACAAAAGUUAGGAAGCAAGGACAUUUAUUUAUUGAGGGAUUUUGUUGGUGAGCUAUUUCAACUCGGUAAACGAAGUCGUCCGGAUCCAACCCAGAUCAUCGACUAUGCUACAGGGACGUCAUCUCCCAUAAUGUCAUGGGAGAUGGAACGGGGUAUCUCCGAUGAUGGUCUAUCAGUAAUUGAUUUACUAGUUGAUUUACCUUCGUCACAAAGCUCGAGCACACCGAGCACGGUAGACAUGUUGGAGAGUCGAAGUUCGCCUAUGGAUGAACGACCUUCACCAAUGACUGCAUGCACGGCAUGUGAAUUCGAGGCGCUGUUCUUCAUGCUGCACGAAACGGGCGGGCUGGUGGACUUGCAUCCCCCACCCGUUCCGAAUCGCAGCCUUUUCCGACUUGUUCUAGCCUGGCUCCGUGCACUCGCUCUCGGCCUCCUGGCCAAACUUUGUCUUGGACCUGUCGCUCUCAGCUCUCCUGACCUCAGCGAAUGGGGCUCACCCGCCGCCGCAUCCGCUGUCGCUACGCCACCCGCCAGUGGUACACGCAAAGUCAACUUCAACCGCUUCGUCCUCGCACACAUGUGCACGCCCCAACCACGAAACCCAGGUAACUACUGA